AUGACAGAGGUUGAUUCUCUUGAGAUUAGCAAUUUUAAGAGGAAACUUGAAGUCGAAUUUGAUAUUAAGGAAUUGGGAAAGAUGAAAAAUUUUCUCGGGAUGGAGUUUGCAACAUCCAAGGAUGGGAUUUUUGUCAAUCAAAGCAAUUAUGUGCUUGACUUACUCAAAGAAACAGGGUUGACAGGUUGCAAAGCAGCAGAUACACCAAUUGAACCUAAUGUAAAGUUGAAAACAGCGGCAACUAAUGAGGUAAUGGACAAAGCACACUAUCAAAGAUUGGUAGGGCGACUAAUCUAUUUGGUUCACACUCGACUUGUCAUAGCUUUUGCAGUGAGUGUUGUGAGUCAAUUCAUGCAUUCACCUGAACCUACUCACUUUGAAGCUGUAUUCAGAAUUUUGAGAUACCUCAAAAGAACUCCUGGAAAAGCAAUUUUGUUCAAAAAAGGAGAACAUCUUAUGAUAGAGGCCUACACAGAUGCAGAUUGGGCAGUAGAUGUAAAUGAUAGAAGAUUCACCUCAAGUUAUUGUACCUUCGUAGACGAAAAUCUGGUUACUUGA